UUGAGAGGAGAUAAUCAGUCAAUCCAUUUACUCACCGAGGAAGCUGUUUUAUUUAAGGCUUCUGUGAUCACCAAAACACAGACAGACAGAAGAACACAGAGGUCAAAAUUCUGGAUACAAGCAAAAGGACCUCCAAGACACACCAGCACAGUAUUCUUCUUCUACUGUGUAAACCGGAAGAAGAGGACCGAGCUGCAGUCUGCCACCUAGUGGAAAGCACAAUGAUUACAUUUACCUGGGUGAAAACUUGACAAGACUCUAAGCUCCUGUGUAAUGUUGACAGCAGAUCGUGCGGACAAGCCAAGAGACAAGAUGUCCUGAUGGAGAACAUCCGAUCACGGCUGAAAUUUGGGAAUAAAGUCGAAGAUGUGAAACUGAGGAAACGAAAAUCUCAGCUAUACUCAAAGGAGGAUGAAUCAUCUCUCAACGACGGUGUGCUGAGAGCCAGAGUUGUUGUGUUUUGUGUGCUGCUCAGACUCAUCAACUGCUUCCUGGUUCAGACCAGCUUUGUCCCCGAUGAGUACUGGCAGUCUCUGGAGGUUUCACAUCGUAUGGUCUUCAAGUAUGGAUAUCUGACCUGGGAAUGGAAAGAAGGCUUAAGAGGAUUUUCGUAUCCUCUCCUCUUUGCGUGUAUAUACAAGAUAUUAUACUCCAUAAAUUAUGACUCAGUCUUUCUCCUGAUAUGGCUGCCGCGAAUAAUUCAAGCAGUAUUGGCUGCGUUUGCUGACAUAAAAUUCUUCUACCUCAUCCAAACGUUGCAGAGUCCGGAUGUUGCGAAAUGGACGUUCUUCUGUCAUCUGUGCUCGUGGUUCUCAUGGUUCUGCUGCACCAGGACUCUGUCGAACAGCAUGGAGACCACCCUCACCUGUCUGGCUCUGUUUUACUUUCCUCUGCCUGAGUCCAAGACACACAGCAGCAAAAAAUAUUUGACCCUGGUCGCCUUGGCCGUUAUCAUCCGUCCAACAGCCCUGAUUGUGUGGUUUCCUCUGCUGAUGUAUCAUUUCUGUCAGGAAGAGGACAAACUGAGGCUCAUCACUCAUAACUACAUUCCUUUAGGGGCGGUGGCUGUUGUGCUUUCGACAGUGAUCGACUGUAUUUUUUAUGAAAAGCUGACCUUGGUGCAGUUUAACUUCUUGAAGUUCAACAUUUUCCACGGUGUUGCUGAUUUUUACGGCUCUCACCCCUGGCACUGGUACCUGACUCAGGGGUUCCCCGUCGUGAUCGGUCCUCAUCUUCCUCUUUUUCUUCACGGGUGCAGCCUAGCCUUCAAGAAAUACAAGAUCCUACUGGUGUCAAUUGUGUGGACUGUUCUGGUUUACAGUUUGCUUCCUCACAAGGAGUUCAGAUUCAUCUACCCCGUGCUGCCGUUCUGCAUGUUCUUCUGUGGGAUCUCUUUGGCUCGUCUGAAAGCAUGGAGACGAGCUGCUGCGCUCGUCUUGUUAGUGAGUAACCUGUCAGCUGCUCUGUACACCGGCCUCGUCCAUCAGCGAGGAACUCUGGACGUCAUGAGUCACAUCCAGACGCUUUGUGACACCAGCAGCACACAGAGCCCUCCAGAUGUCCUCUUCCUCAUGCCUUGCCACUCCACGCCUUUGUACAGCCACGUCCACUGCCCUAUCAACAUGAGGUUUCUGGAGUGUCCUCCAGAUCUCGGAGAGGAGGGUUACAUCGAUGAAGCCGACAUAUUCUAUGACGACCCUCUUCACUGGCUCAGGACGUCGUUUCCUUACAAGUCAUCUCUACCGACACACCUGGUCCUGUUUGAUGUUUUGGAGGCAGAAAUCUCAGUGUUUUUGAACGGGAGCAGCUUCGCGAGGACAGCAGAGAUAUUUCACACUCAUUUUCCUGAGGGAAGAGUCGGAGGAAGCGUCUUUAUUUAUGAAAGGCACUGAAAACCACUGGAACAAAUAAUCUUUUCAUAAAGAGAACACCAUGGAUUUACUACUGAAAUAAAUAUUUUAACUCAAAGUGUCA